AUGGCCAGUAAUACAACAGAGCCGGCGGCGGUCGUGGAUCCUGUUACUAUCUCUGACAAUGUUGCACUUCCUGUUAAUGACUUUCCGUCCUUAAAACCUGCAUUAACUGCUGAACUUCCGUCCCGUGACAGCGAGAUUCCCACAAAAAAGCGUCCUCUAGAGGAAACUGAAAAAAAUGUAGAUGAGGACUCUUCCUGUGAAACACCCGUUGCCAGGAGGCCGAAGCCUAGUCCUGAAGAUCUGUUGGAAGUGGACAACGAAGAUGGAAUGAAGGUCGAUGUGGCUCCCACUUCUGCACAUGGACUUACACCGCCACGGACAGAUAGUGACGCAGCGGGUAGUGACUUUCCACGGAAAUGUGACCCUGAGCCUGAGGUCACGGCUGAAAUACCCGCAUCCAGUGCACAACCCAUACAGUGCGCACCGUACGAGGAAGUACCUAGUAAACAACCUGCUGACUCCGAAGCGCAACGCCGCGCCGAAGGAGGAAAUAAACACGCAUCGCCGCCUCGACAGCACGACAACACAACGGACGCCACGCCGGAACCAAACAUUGACGACUCGCAAGCCACGGCCGUUGCCCCCUGCAGCCACCGCCGGCGGUUGCGACCGACACCGGGUCUUACUGUCACGCGUCCUCACGCGAAAGCUCCAUCAGAGAAGAAAGACAUCAAGAAACAGAAUAUUAAAUAUGAAGUCAUCAGGGCCAACACUGACGAGGAGAAAGAGAAUGGCCGCACCAGUAAUACAACAGAGCCGGCGGCGGUCGUGGAUCCUGUUACUAUCUCUGACAAUGUUGCACUUCCUGUUAAUGACUUUCCGUCCUUAAAACCUGCAUUAACUGCUGAACUUCCGUCCCGUGACAGCGAGAUUCCCACAAAAAAGCGUCCUCUAGAGGAAACUGAAAAAAAUGUAGAUGAGGACUCUUCCUGUGAAACACCCGUUGCCAGGAGGCCGAAGCCUAGUCCUGAAGAUCUGUUGGAAGUGGACAACGAAGAUGGAAUGAAGGUCGAUGUGGCUCCCACUUCUGCACAUGGACUUACACCGCCACGGACAGAUAGUGACGCAGCGGGUAGUGACUUUCCACGGAAAUGUGACCCUGAGCCUGAGGUCACGGCUGAAAUACCCGCAUCCAGUGCACAACCCAUACAGUGCGCACCGUACGAGGAAGUACCUAGUAAACAACCUGCUGACUCCGAAGCGCAACGCCGCGCCGAAGGAGGAAAUAAACACGCAUCGCCGCCUCGACAGCACGACAACACAACAGACGCCACGCCGGAACCAAACAUUGACGACUCGCAAGCCACGGCCGUUGCCCCCUGCAGCCACCGCCGGCGGUUGCGACCGACACCGGGUCUUACUGUCACGCGUCCUCACGCGAAAGCUCCAUCAGAGAAGAAAGACAUCAAGAAACAGAAUAUUAAAUAUGAAGUCAUCAGGGCCAACACUGACGAGGAGAAAGAGAAUGGCCGCACCAGUAAUACAACAGAGCCGGCGGCGGUCGUGGAUCCUGUUACUAUCUCUGACAAUGUUGCACUUCCUGUUAAUGACUUUCCGUCCUUAAAACCUGCAUUAACUGCUGAACUUCCGUCCCGUGACAGCGAGAUUCCCACAAAAAAGCGUCCUCUAGAGGAAACUGAAAAAAAUGUAGAUGAGGACUCUUCCUGUGAAACACCCGUUGCCAGGAGGCCGAAGCCUAGUCCUGAAGAUCUGUUGGAAGUGGACAACGAAGAUGGAAUGAAGGUCGAUGUGGCUCCCACUUCUGCACAUGGACUUACACCGCCACGGACAGAUAGUGACGCAGCGGGUAGUGACUUUCCACGGAAAUGUGACCCUGAGCCUGAGGUCACGGCUGAAAUACCCGCAUCCAGUGCACAACCCAUACAGUGCGCACCGUACGAGGAAGUACCUAGUAAACAACCUGCUGACUCCGAAGCGCAACGCCGCGCCGAAGGAGGAAAUAAACACGCAUCGCCGCCUCGACAGCACGACAACACAACAGACGCCACGCCGGAACCAAACAUUGACGACUCGCAAGCCACGGCCGUUGCCCCCUGCAGCCACCGCCGGCGGUUGCGACCGACACCGGGUCUUACUGUCACGCGUCCUCACGCGAAAGCUCCAUCAGAGAAGAAAGACAUCAAGAAACAGAAUAUUAAAUAUGAAGUCAUCAGGGCCAACACUGACGAGGAGAAAGAGAAUGGCCGCAGUGACUUAUAG